GUUUCCCGUUGCACUUACUGGAGACAUUUGCAAGAUGUAUCGUUGCGUUCGCGUCUCUGCACCCGACAACAUGUUGCAGUGCAUUUUGUGGCGGGACUCCCCUGAAUCAGACAUCAAGGUUUACAAGCUGGAUACGGUUACGUAUGGAACGAAGCCCGCAGCAUUCCUAGCUAUAAGAGCAAUGCAUCAACUAGCCUCCGAUGAGUCCUCGUCUUACCCCUUGGGUUCACAAAUUGUCAAACGCGAUUUUUACGUAGAUGACCUGAUCUCCGGAGGAAAUUCAGUUGAAGAAGUACGCGAGAUGAUGCAUCAAACCACCAGUCUCCUUGCCCGUGGAAAUUUUCAUCUCCGGAAAUGGUGCUCCAACAACCCAGACGUUCUUCAUCACAUUUCUGAUGCAGAAAGGGAAACCUUCCUUAAAUUCGAUGACGGUAGCAAUAUUACGAAAACGUUGGGACUCACAUGGGAUCCUUUUAAAGAUAAUUUGUUGUUUUCCUUAGCGCGACACCUUGGAGGCACCAGAAAUUCUAAACGGUCUGCACUAUCAACAAUAGCUCGCUGUUACGACCCGCUAGGUUUAAUCGGCCCCACCCUGACUAGGGCGAAAAUUCUGUUGCAGCGAAUGUGGAGAGACAAGCUCGAAUGGGACGAGAGUUUACCGCUCUCACUGGACACAGAUUGCCUGGAGCCACUCAUGAACUACAUGCAUUUUGCGAUGCUAGUCUCGAAGCAUUCGGUGUUUGUGUCUAUGCGCGUUCAGUCAAAGAUGACAACGCUCAAGUUCAUCUUCUUUGUUCAAAGGCUCGUGUUGCCCCUUUGAAGACGCUAACAGUACCUAAACUGGAGCUUUGUGCCGCCGCCUUACUCGCACAAUUAAUUAACGAAAUAACAAAAUUGAAGCUUUUCGCGAGUCGUUGUUAUUGCUGGUCAGAUUCAUCUGUGGUAUUAUCCUGGUUACAAGAAGAGCCGUCAAAAUUUAACGUAUUUGUCGCCAACCGAGUAUGUGCCAUACAACAACUCACAGAAGGUAUGCAGUGGCGUUACGUCCCCACCUCUUUGAAUCC